ACUCCAGUUACCUACCCGCCGCUUUGCCGAACAUCUACAAAGUACUGCUCUCUACCCGCUAUAAUGCGUCUCCCAUCUACCGCCCUUGUUCUCGUCGCCCCCCUCUUGGCCCUCGCCAAAGACUGUGCCGUCUACUACGACCACCUGCUCCCUGAGAAUACUAAAGAAAAUUCUAACACCAAUGCCGACCGCGACUGGAAUAUUAUCCAGUGGUGUGUCGACAACCAUGGUACAAAUGGAAAAACAGACACCGGCGUGGUAAACGGGCAGAAACCGAACGUGUGCACUAUCUGUCGGGCCCUAGAUGAUAAUAUAGGCGACACUGUUCUAGAUAUUCAAGACAAAAGGAGUGGCGUCUGGGUGCAUUAUACUGUCGCAUGUGGAGACUUUCCAACAGGGUCGUGCCACUCGUCAUAGGUGGAUGGAUAGUAAGAACAGCACGGGAGAUAUUCACAAGGGACGAUAGUAGCGAGCAUUCCACGGAAUCAAUGUAUCCUACUACUAUAACACUAAGAAUCUUCUCAUAACUGCCUAGCGCUCCGAUAGUAUUGGGAGCGUCGUCUUCAUUCAUGUUUGUAGACUUAUAAUUUAGCGUGCUAACACUUCGUACGACAAAUUUAAGUUCAAGGAUGCUUCGCGAGGGUAA